CACGGGGCCUCCCACGUGCGGCCGCUGCGCCCGUGCGCGCCCGUGCUCCGCCCGUACUCUUCUCGUACGCGGCGCCCGUGGUUACGCUUCGUUCUGCGCCCGUGGCCGCGCCCGUGCUGUGCGGCCCCAGCUGACGGAUGCGCGUGUGGAGUUCAGGUGGCGCCCGUACAUCGCCACGCCCUAGCUCCCACGCUCGCCGCGCCCGCGGCCUCGCCUCCGCCGCAACAUGGGCGCGAACCCGGGCCUCAGCCUAAUGAUUCAGCUGGGCUGCCGGCUGUGGAACCUGAGCAUCGCCAGCGUCGUCGUGCUGACCUUCUCCAACAUCCUGCUGACGGUGCGGCUGCUGCACUCGUCCGACUGCGGGGCCGCGUCGCGCGCGGCGCUGGCGAACCCCCCCCGCACCAGCCCGCCCGCCCGCGCACCGGCCCCGCCCGCGCGCCGCCGCCCACCACGGCCACGUCCGCGCCGCCGCCCCGCUCUUGCCGCCCCGCGCGCCCCACCGCCCCCGCCAAACACCUCCGCCGCCGUCGCCGCCUCCUCGCUCUUCCGCGCCGACCUGCGCCUCGGCCGCUGGGACGCCCGGCACCUCUACAAGAUGUACGACUUCGCCGUGGUGGGCGAGCGCUACGCCGAGCUCUCCGACACCUUCUCCGUGUGCCUGGCCACGCAGAGCUCCGUGGAGAAGCUGCGCUCGCUGGUGCAGGUGGCGCACCACUGGUCGGGGCCCAUCUCCGCCGCCGUGUACGCCGCCGGCGACGACGAGUACACGCUGCUGCAGAUCUACGUGGCGUACCUGCGCAAGUGCUUCGCGGCCGUGCGCGAGCGCGUCAGCUUCCACCUGGCGUACCCCAAGGACCGGCCGCCGCGCCAGGAGGCGGUGGAGCUGGCGGCGGCCGCCGUGCUGGACCCGCCCGCGCGCCCCGAGCUGGACUGCCGCCGUCCCGAGUCGGCGCUCGCCGAGCUGCUGCGCCUGCGCCGCCCCGACACCUUCUCGUACCGCAGCAAGGCGCCCUACCCGCAGAACCACAUGCGCAACCUGGCGCGGCGCAACUGCCAGGCCGACUACGUGUUCCUGACGGACGUGGACAUCAUCCCGAGCGCGCGCCUCGCAGAGGGCCUGGAUGUGUUCCUGCGUGGCGCGCGCUGCAGCGGGCUCUGCGCCUACGUCAUCCCCACGUACGAGCUGCACGACCAGGUUCGAUUCCCGCGCAACAAGACGGACCUGGUGCGGCUGGCCAAGCGCGGGCUCGCGCGCCCCUUCCACCAGAAGGUGUUCAUCUACAACCAAUUCGCCACCAACUUCUCCAGAUGGCAGGAGAGCGCAGAGUCGGAGAGCAGCGCUGUGCACAUCAGCCACAACGUGACCAACUUCGAGUUCCUGUACGAGCCGUUUUACGUCGCUCCGGACACCGUGUACGAGAUGUACGUGACGGGCUACCAGUUCUACGUGCUGUCGCCGGUCUUCACGUGCCACUGGGGGCUGCAGACGAAGAAGCAGCGGCCGUCGUGGCGCGAGCGCCAGAACAGCUUCAACUUCCGCCAGUUCGAGGUGUUCAAGCACGAGAUCUUCGCGCGCAACCGCAAGGAGCUGCCAGCGCGGCAGCGGACGAGUCACCCCAGGCGCACCAGGGGGCGCCGCGUGCGGGGGCGGCGGGGGCGGCGGCGGCGGUGGGGCCGGCGGGGGGCCUGGGGGCGGGGCGCGGGGGCGCCGGGGGACCCCGCCCCUGCCCCGCGCGCCCAGGGCUAG